UCCCGUCUGGUCUCUGUGGAGGGCCCAACGUGGUGCCAGGCGACCCGAUCCGAGUUGGUGUCACACGGAGAGCUCGGGGUGCCUGAGUAUCCCGAAUGCUGUCCUGGUUCUCUCCAUUGGGAUCCCCAGGGAUGUCACGGCGUCUGUCCCAGGGUUGUCCCCCCGCCACCCCCGGCUUCGGGCUGCCCCAAGACUUGGACCUCUAACAGCUUUGCGUAGAAGACUCCUCUCCACCUCCCUCACCCCACCCCCGGGUCUCCCGGUGUCAAGCUGAGCCUCAGCGGGCAUUGCUUUCAGGAUGGGGUCAUUCCCACCGUAGGUGACAGCAGUGCAGGGUGGCCGGCAUAUGACGAGAGAUGCCUCCGGCUCCCUGACAGUGGCCCCAGCGUGUUUAGUUAGGUCCCUGAGAAAUGGAAAGAAGGUGGCCCAGAUAGGUUUGAUAAUCCACUUGGGAAGCUGAAGCAGGAGGAUUGCUUGAGCCUAGGAGUUUUGAGACUUCAGCGAGCUAUGAUGGUGCCACUGCACAUGCCAGCUUGGCGGCUAUGUGACUAUGUUUGUGACCUCCUUUUGGAAGAAUCAAAUGUUCAGCCAGUAUCAACACCAGUAACAGUGUGUGGAGACAUACAUGGACAGUUUUAUGACCUUUGUGAACUAUUCAGAACUGGAGGUCAGGUUCCUGACACAAACUACAUAUUUAUGGGUGAUUUUGUAGACAGAGGUUACUAUAGUUUGGAGACCUUCACUUACCUUCUUGCAUUAAAGGCUAAAUGGCCUGAUCGUAUUACACUUUUACGAGGAAAUCAUGAGAGUAGACAAAUAACACAGGUGUAUGGAUUUUAUGAUGAGUGCCAAACCAAAUACGGAAAUGCUAAUGCUUGGAGAUACUGUACCAAAGUUUUUGACAUGCUCACUGUAGCAGCUUUAAUAGAUGAGCAGAUUUUAUGUGUUCAUGGUGGUUUAUCUCCCGAUAUCAAAACACUGGAUCAAAUUCGGACCAUUGAACGGAAUCAGGAAAUUCCUCACAAAGGGGCAUUUUGUGACCUUGUUUGGUCAGAUCCUGAAGAUGUGGAUACUUGGGCCAUCAGUCCCCGAGGAGCAGGUUGGCUUUUUGGAGCAAAAGUCACAAAUGAGUUUGUUCAUAUCAACAACUUAAAACUCAUCUGCAGAGCACAUCAACUAGUGCACGAAGGCUAUAAAUUUAUGUUUGAUGAGAAGCUCGUGACAGUAUGGUCUGCUCCUAAUUACUGCUAUCGUUGUGGAAAUAUUGCUUCGAUCAUGGUCUUCAAAGAUGUAAAUACAAGAGAACCAAAGUUAUUCCGGGCAGUUCCAGAUUCAGAACGUGUUAUUCCUCCCAGAACGACGACGCCGUAUUUCCUUUGAGGCCUUCGCCCAUCCUGCUGACCCAUUUUUCUGCCCUCUUAUUACCCCAACUUUCUUGUAUGACCCUCUACAAUAUACUUUUUAUUGAGCACUUUGCUGCUGAAAUGCUGCCUCUUGCCUUUUUUUAAUUUUAAAUUAUCUAAAUUUAUUGUUUGUUAUGGUGUCUAUAGCAAUGUUUUUCUAUCAAUUUUCUCCCCCAUCCCAUCCCCACCUUGGACUCGUUUGAGAAGACUUGAGAAAUGUCUUAAUACUCACACUGCUGCAUGUAGCUCUUGCUUAUUUACUGGUCUGAGGAAACAGAAUGUGUUUCCUUUUUUAAAAAAGCCAAUUGACAGAUUACACGGAAAUACUUCUCCUUUUGUAUCAUUCAGCCUUUUGUUUUAGUUUGGUAAGUUUUAAGAAAUUUCAGCAGCAAAGUUGUUAUUCAAUGGGCACGAUGGACUACAAAUGCCUCGAGUUAUGUAUACCUGUCCCAGAUGUAAACUUCAUUGUCCUUUGUUGGAUGAUAUUUUAAAUGGAUAUAAAAUAAAUUGGUCUAAAGGGCUGCCCUCCUUGUUGUGUUUUUAAAUUUUAGUUAAAACUGCUACAGCUUAUGACUUUGUACAUUAAGAUAAUUGUAUUGAUCUUUUUUCAGAUUCCUUGUAUUUUUUAAUAAAAUCUUAAAUAAAACCCAGAUAGGUUAAGUGUUAGGAAUUUUAAACAGCUUACAUUGUUAGCUUAGUUUUUUUUUCCCUUUUUCUUAAUCAGAGUUCUUGACCUUUUGAUUAUUUAGUUUAAAAAUUCGAUUGAAAUUCAAAAAUAUUUAUUUUUUAAAAUAAUUACUAAACUGUGCCUAAAGAACAUAACUGCCAUAUUAAUGUUUUAAUUUAUAUCCUCUAUAGUAAUAGAAAACAUUUAAUACUUAUAAUGCUGAUGUGUUCAUUUGAUACCAGUUGAAUAGAAUGUGAUCAAUCCAGUUUAUAAUCUAUCAUGGGUAUCAUUAAGUAAAAUCUAUGUAUUUUUCAAUAGGAAUUAUUCUCUUGCUGUAACAUUUCACCUUAACUUUUAGAAAGUGUUCAUUUUUAACUGCAACUGGAAAGGUCGAAAAGUCAGGACUCAUAUUUGUGAAUUGUAAUCUGAAGCAGAUUAUUUAAAAUGUAGAAAAAGAAACAAAUUCUCCUUUUUUUGUAAAGGUCUGUGGUACCGUCUUUUGGCUUUGUGUAAGUAAUAUUAAUUAUACAAAGGGUUGUGAUGAUCAAUUCUUAAUAUGCAACUGUCCACUUAAUAAGGACAAAUGUUCCAGUAUCUUAUGACUAUGGUCAUAAAUGAUGUUGGAAUGUACCAUUUUGUGAAAUAGUUGGUAUCCCUUUACUAUAAUUAAUUUUUGUCAUUCCAGAAAAUCCUUGUGAAGCCAGCCAAUUAAUAAAGCACUUUAGCAUCUGUUCAGGUAGUUGUGAAAACCUUUUCUCCUUCAGGAUAAGAAUUUCCAGGUUACCUAAAAAUGCAAUAAAAAUCUUUAAGCUUCUUGGCACAUAAUUUUCCAUCAGGGUUUUCUUUUAUCAAAUGAGCACAACACUGUUUUGUUUCUUCUCCAAACACUCAGCUCCUUGUAUAGUUUUUAAUUAUAUAGCUAUAUUAAAAAAAAAAGAAAUGGCUAAGGCAUUUGCUGCACACACUUGAACUAAUGUUGGGUCAGUAGCUUUGUGCUACUGUCCUGGCCCCAGUGUAAUUCAGGUGGAAAGGUAUUUUUAUCUUACAGGGAUAUGUAGCUAUGUAUUUUACUAACUGUGAAACACUGGAAAUUAAUGAUGCAGACAACUUGGUGUGGUCUUUGAGCAGCUCUCUGCAGUUUUUCUUUUUUUUCUGUUACCAUAAAUUGUAUUUAAGUGCUUGCUCUCCACUGCUUUUAAGUUGUACCAAUAAAACCAAGUAAUCCUCAGCCCUCCCUUCCUGUUUGAUACUCUUUAGCUUAGAUUGAUACAGUUGUUUUCUUUAUCCCUGCAAUGUGACUUCCAUUUUUAAGUCAUGGUGUAUCUGCAUUUGUUUGUCACUAGUUGGACACGUGCCAAUAAUAUUCUGUCCAUUCCUUUAACUGCCAUUUCUGUUUGCCUCAUUUCUCUUCUGAAUAAUGGCUUUUUGCAUGGAAAAAAUAGUUUUUGCAAUUAGAUGUGUAAAGGGAAGAAAGAGUGAAUGUAUUGGACUUCGUGAGCCUAAAAGGAAUAUUUGGAUCCCUCUAAUAAUUAAGGGCUAUGUACUGUUUAGAGUAAUCGUGUGGUGGAAGAUAUUUGCAAGUCAUAGAAUUGUAGGCAGGAGGAUUUGUUACUCCCUGUAUCUAGGUUGAAUGUAAAAUCCCUUAUGUUGUAUUAAUGGGGGUAAGAACUAUUUUUAUUUGCCUAUGAUAUAUUAAUACUUGGUUUCUAAUAAAAUGUCCUAGGCUCUAGU